AUGUGCAAACGAUUUGAAGAAGGGUUGAAUGAAGAGAUUAAGCUACUGAUCGGAAUUCUUGAAAUCCGAGAGUUUGCUACCCUUGCAGAGCGAGCUUAUAAAGCAGAAAAACUGAGCAAAGAAAAGAAACAAGCUGAAAGAGAAGCUCGGGUUUUCAGUAAAAGAUCGAUGGAAAAAUCUCAGUUUUCUGCUUCAAAGAAAUUGAAGAAAUACCAGGAUCGUUUUACCUCAACUACUGGGUAUUCGGGUAGAAAGCGAGGUUUUCAACGUACUAAUCCAAGACCUUCCACUCUAUCAGUGACCAGUGUUGGCAGUGUUGGCACCCCUAAGCUGAGAUGCCAAUACUGUAAUAAAACUCACUUUGGUGAAUGUCGAUUAAAGAGCGGGGCUUGUUACCGAUGUGGUUCUUUUGAUCAUUUCCUCAAAGAUUGUCCAGAAAUGGGUGAAAAAGAAGCUGAACAGACAUCGAGGCUGAGUAAUCUAGUUUCGAGGGGUAGGCCACCUCGACCAUCUGGUGAUGUCGGUGGUAGUCGAUGA